UAUGUUUAUGCCAUUUUUCAAUUUUCAUACCCCAUUCCAUGAUUAGAACUCAGAAGUUCAGAACAUUCUAGUUCCCGCCUACCAAAAGUUCCACGCAGACAGGGAUUAGGAAUCGUUCUUACUUUACUAGCUAUUCAGCUAACAAUUUGAUUUAUGAAGAAAGUGCUGGCUAGAAAAUGGCCCUUUCUGUGAUAUACUGUGUUCUGCCUAGGAGGGUUAUCUUCAGCAUUUACACCGGUAAAGUUAAGGUUCACUCCUUCAGAAAACUCCUUUCACCUCCGGUUCCACACCUUCCGCGCCGCCGCUUUCGGUGCUAUUGCCAGUUGGUCUCCACGGUUGCGUCGUCAGCGGAUAUUUCAUCUUCCGUGAGCGACAGAGAAAGGCAAAUCAGAAGCCCUAAGCUAGUGGCAUUGGAAUACGCUGAUCUCAACCUCACUGAUAAGUUUUGCGAGGAGGUGGGCCAUGUCCGGAUAAGGCAGCAUGUUAACCCUUUGCGCUCUUCCCUCUUGGCUCCUACCGAAGUGCCAAACUGGAGUGAAGUAUACAUGGACUCAUCAUUGCCACUUAUGGUGGAUAUAGGCUGUGGUGGUGGCAGAUUUCUGUUGUAUCUUGCUAAGCAAUAUCCUGAUUCCAAGAAUUAUCUGGGAUUUGAAAUUCGUCCAAAAUUGGUUAAACGUGCUGUGUACUGGGCAAAUGAGCUAGGUCUCAGAAAUAUACAUUUCAUGUUUGCAAAUGCCACAGUGUCUUUUGAGAGAAUUGUAUCUACAUACCCUGGACCAUUGCUGUUGGUUUCUAUAUUAUGCCCUGACCCUCAUUUUAAGAAAAAGCAUCAUAAGAGAAGAGUUGUGCAGAGGCCUUUGGUUCAAUCCAUAGCUGAUCGAUUAACACAAGGUGGACAGGUGUUUAUACAAUCUGAUGUGCAUGAAGUUGCUGUUGACAUGAAAGAUUGUUUUGAUGGGAUUUCCAAGCUCCUUCACAUAGACAGUGUUGAUUCUAAUGUACUAUGUGACAGUAAUGGAUGGGUAUUGAAUAAUCCCAUGGGGAUAAGGACGGAAAGGGAGAUCCAUGCUGAAUUUGAAGGCUCCAAAGUUUACAGAAGGUUAUAUGUAAAAAAAAGUUGAGCAGUGAUAUUUUGCUUUCACCUAACAUUGGUAUGCUACAUUAUAGUAUUUGCUUUUCAAGCUGGUGUCUUGAGCUCUGUUCCUUGUCACGGUUUUUUUUUGUUCAAAAGCAUCUGCUCCUUUUUCCAAUGAGUAAAUGUUAUGAAGUAUAAAAGCUAGUGUGCACAUACAAAAAUAUCAUCUCUAAUUGUUUCCCGAUGUACAAGACUCAGAGAGGAUACUAAUUCCUA